UUUAUUUAUUUAGUUAGUUAGUUAGUUAGUUAGUUAGUUAGUUAGUUAGUUAGUUAGUUAGUUAGUUAGUUAGUUAGUUAGUUAGUUAGUUAGUUAGUUAGUUAGUUAGUUAGUUAGUUAGUUAGUUAGUUAGUUAGUUAGUUACCUCACAGGUUUAUCCAAAUGAAUCGCUCCCCAAGCUCCCAGUGAAACUGGUAUCUGCAGAAGUGAUCGAUCGAGGAUACAGUUCUCACGAAUGCCAUUAUACUUGCAGGACUCGAACCAGUUCUUCAUCACGACGAACGUUAUACUGACACCUAACCAGACGAUAAGCGCCUGUCCUGAGGAACUGAGCAUCAAGCAGGCACGGUGCAAAUCGGAGAACGACACCGCAAGUUGCAAGAGAGGCGCCUCCCUGAGACGUGGGCACGGCAUCAUGACGGGGCGCUGCGUGAGGGCGGCGCAUCCCGAUGAGGACCAGUACGUCUGCGAGAUACAGGGCUGGUGCCCUGUGGAAAGGGACGUCCUCCCCUUGAAGAAUGGGACAGGGCUCUUGACCGGCGUACGCAAUUUUACGGUUUUCAUCAAGAACUACGUCCAGUUUCCGUUAUUCAAAGUACGGAGGCGCAACAUCCCCGACCGGGUGAACGCGUCGUACCUGAGAUCCUGCCUUCACGAGACCAGGAAGUCGUCUCUGUGCCCGAUUUUCCGCAUCGGCGACAUGGUCGAACAGGCUGGCGCGGACUUUGACACAAUGGCGCGAAAGGGCGGGGUGAUACAGAUCAUGAUCACCUGGGACUGCGACCUCGACUACGAUCCCAAGCACUGCCUUCCCGACUACUCCUUCCUGAGGCUGGACGACCCGGAUGCCAGGGUUGCACAAGGCUUUAACUUCAGGUACGCCAAGUACUACAGCGAGAAUACCCGGAGCUUGGUCAAGGCGUACGGCAUCAACUUCGUCGUGCUGGUGAGAGGCGAGGCGGGCAGAACGAGCAUCAUCCCCAUAGCUGUCACACUCGGCUCGGGACUCGGCCUACUCGUGGUGGCUACCGUGCUGUGCGACUUCGUGGUUGUCCACUUCGACAAAAGGAAGAAACUCUACAGGGCCAAGAAAUUCAAGUUUGUCUCGAAGAGGGACAGUUGCAACUUGAAGGUGGUGCCCUGUCCCGAUCUGGGCGGGUCGAGACUCAAGCAGCGCAGCCAGGCGCCCUUCCUGAGGGCCCAGACAUCCGCCAGCAGCACGGACAGCCGGCCCUCGCGAGAAGACAGCAAUUGACUGAUUCGCGGAGGAGAGAUGUACUAUACGGCAUAUUCGAUAUCGAAAAAUGCCUAUACCGGCACCUUGGAACGCUGUCAGUCGACAGCCUCUCGUGGGGGCGUCGGUCACCCGUCACCUCGCCGUUAUUGAUGUUGAACAUUGAAAAGGCGCGUUUUCCAGGGUUUCUGAGGCAAGAAUAAAGAAAAAACU